GUGCCCACCUUAUCUUUUGUUCUUCUUCACUUUUUUAUGCACCGCUGAAGAAUGGUCGAGUUCUUUAGGGUUUAUUGUUCACCCGCCCACAAGUGGUGAGUUAACGUUUAUUGCAGUCAGGAUGACGGACGUUAUGCGGGAUAUGAUCGCGCAAUUGAUGGGCAGUCAAAAGGAGGGCGAAGAGGGAAGAGAUUUGGUACCAUACAAUCAUCCCUCCGUCUGCCGAGCUUAUCUUAUCGGGUGCUGUCCGUAUGAGUUAGUACCCGACAGCAGGCUACAAGGUCUUGUCUCAUGUAGGAAAACCCAUGAACCUGCACACAAGGCAGAUUUUCUCGCAGCUCAAAAGGAAAGAGAUCACUAUUACGAUGUAGAUGCUUUCGAUAUACUCGAAAAUGCAAUACGCAUAGUUGACAAUGAAAUAUCACGCAUAAAAGACAAGCUAGACAGAGAAGCACGUGAACAGACUGAUAGCGCUGAAGCUGUGAAGACACAGCGCAUAAAUGACCUUAGCGAACAGAUCAGCAAAGCUGUCACAGAAAUGGAAGAAUUGGGCAAUAUGGGCAAGGUUGAGGAGUCGAUGAAAUUGUCGAAAACUGUUGAAGACCUAAGAGCGCGCAAGGCUGAACUCGAGAGUCAAACUGACUUCCGCCUUGCCGGGCCUGGUUCAAAUGCCGCUAGACUUCGCGUAUGUGAAGACUGCGGUGCCCAGUUAAAUAUUAUGGACCAUGAGUCCCGUAUCGCUGAUCAUUUUGGCGGGAAAAUGCAUUUGGGAAUGGUCGAAUGUCGUGAAAAAUAUGCGGAGAUGAAGGAGACUAUUGAACAGCGCCGGAAAGAGCGCAGAGAGAAAGGUCUUGAUGCAGGACCAAGAUUCCCAGAAAGAAGGCGAACUCCGCCCCGUCGCGAUCGUGAUCGUGAAGAACGAGAUCGCCGCGAACGUCAUAGCGGAAGUAGCCGAAAAAGAAGUCGUUCGCGUUCUAAUGAUCGUGAUCGCCGUCGUGACCGAGAUCGUGACGAUCGAAGGGGUUCGGGAAGAGACAGAGACCGUGAUCGUGACAGGCGGAAUCGUCGAUAUUGAGAGUCAUUCUAUGUGGCAUCAGAAUUUGUUUCAAUCAACACUAUCUUCAUACAAACUACCUUUCCUACACUAAUUUGUAUUCGACUGUAUUUUUUUCAAUAUGGUUUUAUCUUAUUCUGUCAAAUAUACUGUAUAGAAGCUGUGCUGUGGUUGGUGUUAUUCUUUCUGUCUCAAGUGAUAUCACCUUUCGGCGGCUGUUCUCGUAGCGUAACUUAUCGUUGGUCUUAAGGUCUGUCAAACUGUUACAAGUCUUAUCAUUGUUUCUUUUGUACGUAACAAUAAACGUUUGUUGCAA